GUGGUAAUGUCUUCUGUCACUCAUUAUCAUACUAUAUAGCCCACUGAAGCUCCUAAUAAUAUAGCCUUUCUUGUUUUUUGGGCUUCUGUUGCUACAUGGUUUUUGACUGGAAUCUGAGCAUCUAAAACGUCCUAUCCUCCCGCAGCUCUUCCAAGCCAUUGGUGCGGGCGAGUGCUGGGUUGAUUAUCAUGGCGGCCAAAGGAGCGUGGGUUUGGGCCGUAUUGCAGGUCAUAGCCUGCAUCGCGUUCCAAGCCCAUGCCUACGAUAUUCGAGGCGUUAGGGGAGGCGUCCAAGCAUCCGGGGAAAGGCCUGCGCGCCAGAACCUGGAAACAUUCCAGGAGUCUGGGCCAGCAUUCGAUCUAUACAUACUGGCCCUUCUAAAGUUCCAGGAUGAGGAUCAGAACAGGAUGUUGAGUUAUUAUGAUGUCUCAUCUAUUCACGGAUACCCGUUUGAAGCGUGGGAUGGCGUGGAAGGUAUUGGCGGAGGGGGCUACUGUGCACAUGCUUCAACAAUAUUUCCUACAUGGCACCGCCCAUACCUUGCUCUUUUCGAGGAGAUGAUCUGGAACCACGCCCAGGUAAUUGCGCGAGGAUAUCGGGACUCCCUCCGCAGCACAUAUGUUGAAGCGGCCAGGACCUUGCGAAUUCCUUACUGGGACUGGGCCAGUAAUCCGGAGCUUCCACGAUGUGUAGUCACCCCUCAGAUCCGGAUCACCACACCCAACGGAGAAGCCACCAUCAAAAACCCGCUGUAUUCCUAUACUAUCAAUCCCACCGCUGGAAAAGGAUUCCCUCCGCGAGAUCCACUGUCCCAGUAUCCAGAUACCGUCCGGGCGCCAGACGACGAAGGUCAAAGUCAAAUGGAAGAGGUUCAGCGAAGACUGAGAGCGAACGGUGCAUACUUCCGCCAGGCCACAUAUUCUCUGCUUAGUAGCGAACCUAACUACACUAUUUUUUCGACCAGCGCCGUUCGAGAUCGUGGGAACAACUAUAAUAACUUAGAAACCAUCCACGGCCAAGUCCAUGUUGCUGUCGGUGGUCCCGGGGGGCAUAUGACAUACGUCCCUUGGUCCUCGUUCGAUCCCGUUUUUUGGCUGCAUCACGCUAACGUGGAUCGCCUCCUUGCUAUGUGGCAAGCGAUCUACCCUGAGUCCUGGGUGCAACCAUUGGCUUCCAUGAGUCGGACCUAUGUCUCGAGUGCAGGAACUGUUGAAGAUGGUAAUACCCCUCUCGCUCCAUUCCACUCGAGGGGCAGCGCGUUCUGGACCUCUGAUUCGGCUCGGUCGACAAAGGCGUUCGGCUACACUUAUCCUGAGAUUCAAGACUGGGGUGUCAGCGCAGCGCAACUCCAGAGCAGCGUUCGCCAACAUGCCAACAGGCUAUACAACAGGAGAAGGCGAAGAAGAUCGGAACACGGCCUCAAGCUGCCAGGCUUUGGAAAGGGCAAAUUGUUCGACUUUGCUAGCGUCUUGGAGAAGGCAUUCAAGUUCACGGAGGUCUUGACGGAUCUUGCCGAAAUGAGUCUUGCUGACUUUGACAAGCUCGGCAUCAAUAACUUGCACAAGCAAUGGGUUGCGAAUAUCAAAGUGGACAUGAACGCUAUCUCGAACCCAUUCCGCAUCCACUUCUUCCUUGGAGAGCCACCAAGUGACCCCAAUACCUGGGAUCACGCAGCCAACCUUGUCGGCACCUACUCGCUCUUCUCCAACUCCAUGCCCAACCCUACCGACACAGCUCACUAUGUCUACGGCCAAAUGCCACUAAGCCACGCGAUCGCUGAAGCCCAUUCCCACUCCCUCAUCAAAGACAUCGGCGCGGCAGGCGUCGUUCCUCUCCUCAAGACUCACCUUCAAUGGCGGGUCCAGGAGCUUUCCGGCAGAGUCAUCGAUGUAUCUAAAUUUUCUGAUUCGUCUGUCGGCGGCGAGCCCGGUUUGGAAGUAUACAUCGUCGAGAGAGACGUUGACCCCAUUAGAGAGACCACCGAGUUUCCCAGGUUUAGCGACUGGAAGAUUUACAAGGAGGUCACCGAGGGCAAGCCUGGUGGUGUUAAGAGCGGUGGCAGAAGUCGCGGUGGCAGCGGUCACGGAAUCCGUAAGCACUUCGCUGGUGGACAUGGACGACAUGGCGGCCAGAAACAUGCAUCAUGCAAGGCCGGAAAUAAGAAUAGCCACUCGUAUUAGGUAUGCUUCUGAGCACUCGAAACAUGGUGCAGUUUCAAUCAUAAUUCCUGUUCAUCUGUUUGCGUCUCUUUUCGUGGUAUGUACGUUUUCUUUUCCUCAACCGAAGAUUUGGGUUCUUGUUGAUACGACAGCCAAUCUAAAGCACAUAAAGUUAUAUAUUUGUUACCGUGAC